GGAGGAAGGAGACUCUGGAGCUGUUGAAGUUCUGUGUUGGAAGACAUUCCUUGAUGGCAAGCCAAGGCACAAAGACCCAAAGAAUCUGUGGUGGAGCAGGAAUUGAACCGCGGUCGCCUGAGCCAAAGGGAAACACUAGACCACCCGUCCAGUCAGACACAUUCGGUGCAUCCCACUGCGCGUGAGCCCUGAGAGACCAUCCAGUCUCACCGGCUCCAGAGGAUCCCUGUGCACCCCCUUCCAGAACCGCUUCUCUACCUGCAAAGUGACCCCUCGGCCCCCGCCAAAGGGCCAACACAGACCUCUCCCCUCACCCAAGUGAGCCCCAGCAGUGUGUCUCCUAUGGCGGAGUUGGGCAUAGAGAAUUCGCUCCAGCGUGGAUAGAAGCAACUUUGAUCCACUGGGCAGACGGAUCCAGGCAAACAUGCCGCGUGGACAUACGCAGAGACUCUCUGUUCUAGCAAGAAAGCAAAGAACAGAGCCGUGUCCUCCAGGACGUGUGAACAGGGUACACAAGCCAGCCUUUCUCCCGUGAUGUAGAUGGCAGCAUUCAAAACAAUCCAGUUUACCGGAUUAGGUAAAGCGUGCGGCUCUCUGUCUCCCCCUCAUGGCCAGAGCGCACGGUGAUUGAUGAGUCAGCUACCGCCGUUGAGCUAAUGAAGCAGGGUCCUUCCACGCAGGCAAUAGCAGCUCCAGGUUGAAGAUCUAGAGGCUCGAGAUUUGAGGCAGGCUGAUGGAGACUACGAAGUGGGACUGAAUCCAUAACAUGAGAAACAGCAAAUGGUGAAAGACUCUGAUGCAACAAAAUUCGGACUUGCACAGCAAAAUUCAAGGCCAGAGACAGACGAUCAUCCCCAGCCUUAGCCGGAGGGAGAGCAGGGGGGGUCGGUGUCGUGACCAAGGCCCCGAUCCAAAGCCUGAGGAAAUGAAUGGGGAGCCUUUCCAUCGACUUCAGCGGCCUCAGGAUCAGGCCCCGGCCAAAAUGAGGCAGGCACGUUCCUGGCCCCACAUCUAAGUAUGCACCAGCUGCUGCUGCUGGCUUCACUCUGCCUCUCUUCUCUGCCAGCUGCUUUAACUAUUUACCAGAAGGCAGCUGGGGGUCCAGCCCCCACCCCGCGCCUGCAGUACCUGCUGGAGCCCCCCCAUGAGGUGGUGCACGCCCAGCGCGGUGCCACGGUCACCCUGCCCUGCGUCCUGCGGGCACGGCCCCCCCACUACAAGGUGAAAUGGAGCAAGGUGGAGCCGGCCGAGCUGCUGGAGAACAUCAUCCUGGUCACCAACGGGGCCCAGCACAAGACCUACGGGCAGCUGGGCGGGCGGGUCCGGCUGAGGCGCGGCCACCGCAACGACGCCUCCCUCACCAUCGCCGGGGUAGCGCUGGAGGACGAGGGGCGCUACCGCUGCCAGCUGGUCAACGGGCUGGAGGACGAGAGCCUGUCGCUGACGCUGACGCUGGACGGUGUCGUCUUCCCCUACCAGACCAGCCAGGGGCGCUACAGAUUCAACUACUUUGAGGCUAAGCGGGCCUGUGAGGAGCAGGACUCUAGGCUGGCCACUUACCAGCAGCUCUACAAAGCAUGGACCGAAGGGCUGGACUGGUGUAACGCAGGCUGGAUUCUCAACGGGACCGUCCACUAUCCUAUUAUUAACCCCCGAGAGCCCUGCGGGGGGCGGCUUCUCCUCCCGGGAAUUCGGACCUAUGGGGCCAAGGACAAGCAGAAGGACCGGUUCGACGCGUUCUGCUUCACCUCUGCUGCGAGGGGCCAGGUCUAUUUCAUCCAGGGCCGCCUGAGCUUCAAAGAGGCAAGGCAGGCUUGCCGCAACCAAGGGGCCACCAUCGCCAAGGUCGGGCAGCUCUACUCCGCCUGGAAGUUCUCCCAGCUGGACCGUUGCGACGGGGGCUGGCUGGCGGACGGCAGCGUCCGCUACCCCAUCACCACCCCUCGCACCCACUGCGGGGGCCUUCCGGACCCCGGCGUCCGGAGCUUCGGCUUCCCCAACAAGGAGCAGAGGACGUAUGGGACCUACUGCUUCUCGGUGAAAUAGGGAUGGCGCGGGGUGAUGACGGGACGCCGGGUAGGGGACGGCAGCUCUGCUCUUCGCUGGUUUCCAGCCGCCCUGCCCCUGUCAAGGGUCAUGAGAUCCGUCUCCCAGGCGUGUUUCUCUUUCCCAGUGGGUCUCAGGCCGGUUUCCAGCAGCACACAACACUCGCUUGGCCCAUCCGUUCAUCGUCAGCCUUAGCAGAGAGACCAAGGACUGGAUGGGCCAUGGAGACCAGAAUCCUGUCUCUCAUGUCCAGAGGUGCCUCCUCCAGGAGCGCUGGCCGGGAGAGGCCAAUAGGCUGCUUGCCCUGUUCUGUGAACAGAGGAAUCUGUUCUCUGGAGCCGUGAAUCUGGCACAAAAUUCAACCCCUGGGCCGAGGGCCUGUGUGCUACUUAAGCACUGAUUUGAGGGCUUACGUGGUGCACAGGCUGGAUUCAGACCCUCUGCCCAGAGGUGACUUCUACCCUUUCGACACAGAGAGCAAGUGAGAAUGGAAGCACCAAAGCCCCCAACCUCAGAACUUCUCGGGGCUUUUGCUCUCCUUGGUUUUGGAUUCCUGCUGUUUGCUAGCUGCCAUCUGGAGCAGGGGGUCGUCAGGAGAAGACAGAAUCCAUGGGACUCAGUAAGAAUCCAGUGUCCUGCUCCCGUGAGGUCGCUGGACCCCUCAGAGGAAUAACCAGUAGCUGUAGAUUUUUUGGUUUCGUUUAAGGCUAACGACGAAAUGGCAUUUUGUAUCCAUUACUCAUCUAUUUCCAACAGGGGAUGGGGUGCCUCUGGAGAUGAAAAGCUUCCUGACUCUCUGUAUGCUUACUCGUGCUUGUGGAAAUUCACAGUGAUAGCAGGGCCACAACUCAGCUCCCUCUGCUCUGCAAAGCACAGGUCCCUUGCCACUUGAUCUAAAGGAGCAUUUCCUUAAUUAGCGGCAAUAUAGGGGCUAUGACGCACAGCCGAGCCGUUCUGAUUCCAUUCCCGCCGAGGGCAGCAGUGCACCCAAGCCCCCAGCCAGCUCACUACACUGUGCUCGUGAAGGUCUGUUUUUUAACCCCAACACCCGCCCGGCUCCCCCCGUGAAGAAGCCGUUCAGUGCCAAUAUGUGACAGGCUGGAAAGUAAUGAGUUUGA